UCGUGGGUAGCACAAGCUGGGGGCUAGGGCAGUCCAUCUGGAGUGUGGGAAAGGCCCUUGAAACCAGGGUCAGAGGCCCAGAUGGAGAAAAAGCCCAGGAAAAGGAGCCCCAGACAGGACGAGGCAGGGACAGGUGAGGACGUGUGUCCAGGGACUGUCCAGAAGGAGAAUGCCUUCAAGUACAGUGGGUGUAGGAAAGUGUUUAACAAGAAACCUCUCCUUGUUGGACAUGAAAAAAUCCACUCUGGAGUGAAGCCGUACGAGUGCACAGAAUGUGGGAAGACGUUUAUCAAGAGCACACACCUUCUGCAGCACCAGAUGAUCCACUCCAGGGAGAGGCCUGAGUGUGGGGAAUUCAGGAAAGCCUUCAACCACAAGUCGUACCUCACCCAGCACCAGUGCAUCCACAGUGGGGAGAAGCCCUACAAGUGUGGGGAAUUUGGGAAGGCCUUCACCCACUGCUCCAACUUUUUCCUGCACAGCCGGCGGCACAGUGGAGAGAAGUCUUUCCUGUGCACAGAGUGCAAACAGGUGUUUCAACACUGGGGAGGGUUCCUGAGACACUACGUGGUCCAUGGUCCCUACGAGUGCUUUGUGUGGGGGAAGGUCUUCAAGCACAGGUCAUACCUCAUGUGGCACUAGCAGACGCACACGGGGGAGAAGUCCUUCGAGUGCAGCGAGUGCGGGAAGGUGUUUUGUGAAAGCGCCACCCUGAUCCACCACUAUGUCAUCCACACGGGAGAGAAGCCCUUUGAGUGUCUCCAGUGCGGGAAGGCCUUCAACCACAGGUCCUACCUCAAGAGGCACCAGCGCAUCCACACUGGCGAGAAGCCUUAUGUGUGCAGUGAGUGUGGAAAAGCCUUCACCCACUGCUCCACCUUCAUCCUGCACAAAAGGGCCCACACUGGAGAAAAGCCUUUUGCAUGCAAGGAAUGUGGGAAAGCCUUCAGCAAUAGGGCGGACCUGAUCCGGCACUUCAGCAUCCACUCUGGGGAGAAGCCCUAUGAGUGCAUGGAGUGCGGGAAGGCCUUCAACCAAAGGUCGGGCCUCACGCAGCACAAGCGGAUCCACAGUGGGGAGAAGUCCUAUGAGUGUAUCGAGUGUGGGAAGUCAUUCUGCUGGAGUACAAACCUCAUCUGACAUGCCAUCAUCCACACCGGGGAGAAGCCCUAUCAGUGCAGUGAAUGCGGCAAGGCCUUCAGCUGCAGCUCCUCCCUCUGUCAGCACCAAAAGAAACACAGAGGGAGAAAGCCCGCCAGCAAGGCAGGCAGUGGGAGGACUUUCAUGAGCAUACAUGCCUCGGUGACCCUCCGGGAACUCCUGGUGGGGAGAGGCUUUGUGAACGGACCCACUGGGGAAAGAUUGCCAAAAGGAACAUCUUCCUUGGCAUCUGGUCAUGCAUGCCAAAGAGAAAGUCCACAAGUGUUCUGUGUGACCUCCCUCCAAAGGCCCUGCAGCCCUGGGGCCCAGGGGGCCCAGCGUGGCCCACGAGGCCUCCUGAGCCUGCUUAGUACUGGUACGGCCUUGGGGGUCCGGGAGACUUGGCCCCUUUCCCUGCGUGUCCUGGGCCUCACCAACCUUCCUGUCCGAGCCCUUGAUACCCUUGAUACCCUGCGCCAUCUUCUGGUCCCUGUGAACGAGACACGAAGCCAGGUGGGCGCCGUGGACCACACCACCCAGUGCAAGCCGGUGCCCAUGCUGGAGUGCCACGCCUACUCCAUCCGUCCACCUGCUACCUUCUUUGAUGCCCCCCACCCUAGUCCCACCAUGAGGUCCCGCCUCGCCCCCUGGCGCCCCAUUGGCCAGUCGCGGGAGGGACACCCUGGACAACUACUUCCAUGGCGCUUUGUGCGGGUACCUCGUUUGGAACAUGCCCCCCGGGGUGAGCCGUACCAGGAGCUUCAACAAAGCCACACGUUUGACCAGCAGCUGACAGCCAGGCCCUCCGGUGCCCCGAGGACACGGGUCACAGACUUCCGGGAUGUGCGACGGUGCAAGAACUACGCUACCCAGAAGGCAUUGCGCGCGCGCCUCUGGCGCGUCGGACCGCGGGGUGCGGACGUCACUCCGGCGCGCCGGCUCUGUCCGCGCCGGCUGUGGGGCGCGCGGCGGGGUCUCCGUUCGCUUCUCGCCGGUCCGGUGCGCCAGGAGCGUGAGGAGAAGGGCGCUGUCCUCCGCUCCUCCGCGUUCCUUCCGGGCGCCGAGGCCACGCACCGGGGGACGGCGCCGGCGGGGCCCAGGAUGGCAGGGAUGCCGGCGCCCGCGGCCCGGGCCCAGGUGUCUGUGACCUUUGAGGAUGUGGCCGUGACAUUCACCCAGGAGGAGUGGGGGCAGCUGGACCCAGAUCAGAAGACCCUGUACCAGGAGGUGAUGAUGGAGAUCUUUGGGCUCCUGGCCUCACUGGGGCAUCCUGUUUCUAAGCCUGCGCUGAUGGACCAACUGACCCAUGGGCAAGAGCUGUGGACGGUGACACGGGGCCUCUCCAAAAGCACCUGUCCAGAAACCAAGGCCACGGAACGUACGACCUGUGAGACAGCUGUGCGUGAGGGAGUCUCGUGCCGGGGAGUGUUGGCACAAGUUACAGGUCAGGAAGGCUCAUCAGAAUGGCAGGAAGGGCUCUUGAGUGCAGGAUCAAAUGCUCUGAAUGCUCAGAGGGAAGAGCUCCCUGGGAACGUGAGCCUUGGAUGGGAUGGCUUCAGGGAGGCUCAGGACGUGUGUUCCACCGUGGUCCCGGGACAGAUCCCUCCGCAAGAUGCUCUUCAUGACUGUGACCCUGCUGGGUCAGACAAGGACCCCAUGGCUCAGGAGGAAGAAAAUCCCUUUAAGUGCAGUGCGUGUGGGAAAGGGUUCAACAAGAAACGUCUUCUUGCUCGACAUGAGAGGAUCCACUCUGGAGUAAAGCCGUACGAGUGCACAGAGUGUGGCAAGGCCUUCAGCAAGAGCACGUACCUCCUGCAGCACCACAGGGUCCACACAGGGGAGAGGCCCUACCAGUGCGGAGAGUGCGGGAAGGCCUUCAACCGCAAGUCCCACCUCACCCAGCACCAGCGCAUCCACAGUGGGGAGAAGCCCUACAAGUGUGGGGAGUGCGGGAAGGCCUUCACCCACCGCUCCACCUUCGUCCUGCACAACAGGAGCCACACUGGAGAAAAACCAUUUGUGUGCAAAGAAUGCGGGAAAGCCUUUCGAGAUAGACCGGGUUUCAUUCGACACUACAUCAUCCACAGCGGGGAGAAUCCCUAUGAGUGUUUUGAGUGUGGGAAGUUCUUCAAGCACAGGUCAUACCUCAUGUGGCACCAGCAGACGCACACGGGGGAGAAGCCCUUCGAGUGCAGCGAGUGCGGGAAGGUGUUUUGUGAAAGCGCCGCCCUGAUCCACCACUAUGUCAUCCACACGGGAGAGAAGCCCUUUGAGUGUCUCCAGUGCGGGAAGGCCUUCAACCACAGGUCCUACCUCAAGAGGCACCAGCGCAUCCACACUGGCGAGAAGCCUUAUGUGUGCAGUGAGUGUGGAAAAGCCUUCACCCACUGCUCCACCUUCAUCCUGCACAAAAGGGCCCACACUGGAGAAAAGCCUUUUGCAUGCAAGGAAUGUGGGAAAGCCUUCAGCAAUAGGGCGGACCUGAUCCGGCACUUCAGCAUCCACUCUGGGGAGAAGCCCUAUGAGUGCAUGGAGUGUGGGAAGGCCUUCAACCGAAGGUCAGGCCUUACGAGGCACAAGCGGAUCCACAGUGGGGAGAAGCCCUAUGAGUGUAUUGAGUGUGGAAAGUCGUUUUGCUGGAGCACAAACCUCAUCCGACACGCUGUCAUCCACACGGGGGAGAAGCCCUAUGAGUGCGGCCAGUGUGGCAAGGCCUUCAGCCGCAGCUCCUCCCUCUGUCAGCACCAAAAGAAGCACAGAGGGAGAAACCCCGCCAACGUGGCAGGUGGCGGGAGGACUUUCACGAGCGGUCAGACCUCUGUUGAUAUCCAGGAACUUCUGCUGAGGAAUGACUUCUUGAAUGUCUCCGUGGAGGGAAAUCAUUUACAGGCAACUGAUCAUUUAUACCAAAGAGAAACCCCUGUCACAGAGUCAUGUACCUGAAGACUGCCUCGAGAAACUCACCCACCCAGCUCAGAGCAUUCUCUGUGCAAGACUUCAUCCAGGGGUUUGUGCACUUGGGAAACCUUCAGCCACAUCUCUCCUACUUCACAGUGCAGUGUUCUCUCAGGAAUUUUUAUACAGGGGAGGCGAUAGAGAAGAAAAUCCAGCUCUGCUUUCAUAUGGCCCCCUCUGGUCUCUGGCCCUGGUCCUCGGAGUUCCUCGGUUAUUUAGGUGGAGAGGAUUGUGGUUCAGGAGGUGAGGACACAGGCAUGUGUGUCUUGUGUGCACAUUGCUGUUCACUGUCAAGGGUCAGACAUGGAGGCUGGAAUGGAGACUUGCCAUGUUUUUCUUCUACAGCAUUGAGCCUAUUCUCAUGGAGCACAUGUUCUUGUGAGAGAUAUGAAGUUUUGCUUUAUGAACUACUUUUAUACUCAUUGCGUGCACGAGCGAGUGUGUGUGUUUAUGUGUGUGUGGUGCUGGGAAUUGAACUACCACCUUGAGCAUGUUAAAUAGGAGCAUGCUAAGCAUGUACUAAGCACUCCCUCUCUAAGGACUGAGGAGUAGAUGGGCACAUUGUAACCUACUGUUUAAGGCUUGUUUUAAGUGUUUGACUUGCGUGGUUUUAAUAACACUCUGAUUUUUA